UGUUGUUCUUUCAUGUCGAUUAGCUGGUUAUUGAGGUACAGCUCGGAAUUGUACUGAUGGAACUGAAGGGCUCGUGAACAUUUGAGUUCUGCUUCUUGGACUUUUCUUUUGGGGAGUUUCCUUUUUCAUCGUAUAGAAGCAAAACGUAAGUGAAAUAUAACGGCGUUGGUAAACGGCGCUCCGUCGAGAAGAUGACGGCGUCAGAUGCCGUUACGAACUGCCGGGGAAGCGUGAGAGUGGCGACAAAAGGGCGAAGGGCGUGCUAGGACGGGCGGGGGGCGGGGGCCCACCGCACGGGAAACAGCGCUCUGCCACCUGUCAGAUCGGGAUCGCAAACCGAGGAGGGGGAUGGCGCGCACGUGAGGUACAGCUUCCCCUCGCGAGAGUUUCCGUUCUCACGUGUGAAGUGCCGCGCCGCACCCCACCCCACCCCCUACUGUGAUAACGACGCACGCACCAUCCACGCCUCACAUGCGCUGCGACACAGGGAUGUUUGCUGUGUUUCAGGAAAUAAGUUCAGGGAAGUCUGUUACUGCAGGUCUCAGAAAGGUGACAGACGACAUGAAGAGCAAGAAUAGAAGUGACACAGCUGGCGUCGUUAGUGCGUCUGAAAAAGAAACCGUGUCUGGCCGUUCUUCCAUCUCAAAAAGAAGCACACCGAAAUUCGAGCUUCAAAUAGGUCGCAAAUGGGCAGUUGAGAAUCAGGUUGGAGAAAAGAACUUGGUUAUUGAUGAUUGUGAUGCAAAACAAUCUGUUUAUGUUUAUGGAUGCAAAAAUAGUGUAUUGCAAGUCAAGGGAAAGGUGAACAACAUAACCAUAGAUAAAUGCACUAAAAUGGGGAUCCUCUUUAAGGAUAUAGUUGCAGCUUGUGAAAUUGUGAACUGCAACAGUGUUGAGGUGCAAUGUGAGGGCUCAGCGCCGACAAUAUCAAUAGACAAUACAUCAGGUUGCCAACUUUAUCUGGGCAAAGAUUCAUUGGAGACUUCUAUAACAACUGCUAAAUCAAGUGAGGUUAAUGUUCUGGUUCCUGGUGCAGGCCCUGAUGGUGACUGGGUUGAGCAUCCGCUGCCGCAACAGUUUGUUCAUACUUUCAAAGAUAGACAAUUCACAACUUCACCGGUUUCCCAUUCCGGCGGGUAAUCGAUUUCACUACACACCUCGAUUCCUGCUACAUUUCGUCGGCCUUUUUAGAAUAUCAGUGCACGCUAGCUAAUGAACAUUUUCGAGUUUUUCUGUUUAGGUUGAUGUAUUGUUUGAUAAAGUAAUUGGCAUGUUUCAAUAGUAUAUGGUGUAAUUUGCUUGAUCUAUCACUUU